AGUAAAAUCUCUCUCUCUCCUCCCUGAAAAAGCCUGCUUACUUUCUCUCUCAUCCGCCCUCCGCCUCCAUAAAACCCCUCACCACCCACCAACAUUCCUCCAUAUCCCUCUCUCAAUAUCUCUCUCUCUCUAAAACAAAAAACCAAAAAGCCCAUCAAAAUGCCAUCAGAACCCACCACCCAACGCCGCCCACCCAUCACAACCACAAAACCCCACCAUACCACCACCGGCACACCACCACCCGAACCCGAACACCUCCCAUGCCCACGCUGCGACUCCACCAACACCAAAUUCUGCUACUACAACAACUACAACUUCUCCCAACCCCGUCACUUCUGCAAAGCUUGCCGCCGCUACUGGACCCACGGCGGCACUCUCCGCGACAUCCCCAUCGGCGGCGGCAGCCGCAAAAACGCCAAACGAUCACGCCUCACCACCAACUCCACCCUUGAGUUCCGUCACAUGGCCCCACCCACCGCCACCCCGAUCCUCAUCCCGUUCGCCGGAGAUCAUACCGGAGGGUUGCAUUUUCUGGGUGAUGGGAAACCGAGUAUGUGCGAGAGUUUUACGUCGUUGUUGAAUGGGAAUCAGGGGGGUGGGUUGUUUGGGGGUGGGUUUGAAGAUGGGGGGUUUGGGUUUGGGAGGGGGGUUUGGCCGUUUUCAGGUGUCGGUGACGGUGGGUAUGUGGCGGGAGGUGGUGGUGGUGGGAAUGGGUGGCAGAUGGAGAGUGGGGAAGGUGGUGUGGAGUGUUUUAGUUUGCCGGAGCUUGCUAUUUCGACACCCGGAAUGAUAUGAUAUGAUACGAAGAAGAAGACGAAUAUUGAGAUAUGAAGAUGAGUUAGAAUUAGAAGUGAUAGAGUAGGAUUGUUAAUGUGGUCCGGUCUGUAGUAGAUUCUACUUCCUGUUCGGUUUAGUACGAGGAAAAUGUUUUACGUGGUUUAAAACCUGAUUUAAUGAUAGUUAUAUAUGGCUCGUUUAAAAAAACAAA